AUGGCCAUCGUGAGGUUAAACCGGCGAACGUCACAGAGCAGCCCAUGCGCUUGUACCUGCAUCGGGCUUACGUGGGUCCUCAACAUCUUCCGCACCCCCGAGACUGCUAGCAUCGCCGACGUCGAGGAAACCAACGACCUAGAAACGAUCCCUCUCCGCGUAUACGGGCCAUACCGUUCCGAGUACGGCCGCCUCGAGGAGUUCCCAAACCUUCCUCCUCUGCUGAUCAUUGCCACGGGUGCGGGUGCUGGUCUCGUGCUCGACUUCGUCGGGUUCGUUAGGGCCAAGAAGAUCACGCCUAAGCGGCCGGUGAAAGUCUGCUACUCCUCCGCUAGCCUGGCUCUGUUGCAGUUUGUGACCAACACGCUACUCGCUGAGCGCACUCCCGGGAUUCAGGUCGAGACUGCGCUGACUCGCCACGAAGAGCUUGAGAUGUUUAAUACGACCAACCAACCCAAGCCAGAGCUCGUUAUUGGUCGGCUCGACGUUAAGUCGAUCAUCCGCGGAGUUUCCGAAGACACGGAGGUUUAUUUCUGUGGCGGUGGGGGCAUCAACACGCUUCUUCGCGAAGCAUGUGCUAAGCGCGGCAUGAAGUACGUGGGAAGCGCGGUCCAGUAG